AUGGCUUGUACGGCCGCCAACAGGAGCACGAUAAGGUCGUGGCGUCACCGGCCGUGGUUCCCUGUCCGCCGCCAUCGUGCUUUCACUACCUCCGCCCAAGUUUCCCUCCCAAGUCGCACCAUCGCUUACAAGCACAUAAGGUCUCCGGUGCCAUAUGCCCUAGGUUUGCAACUUCAGGACGAGCUGGUGGCUUACCACAGUCGGGCUCUUGCUGAUGGCAAACAGAGGCACAAUGUGCUGUUACUGUUGGAACAUCCCCCAACAUACACUGCUGGACGAAGAGUGAGGGGAACAGAGGUAGAUGAGGGAAGAAGACUCGGAGCUUUAGGUGCAGACUACCAUGAGACUUUGAGAGGUGGGCAGACAACAUUCCACGGUCCAGGACAGCUUGUUGGAUAUCCCAUAUUUGACCUGCGGAGUUUUGAUCUAGGAGUUCGGACUUAUGUCUCAACGCUCGAAAGCAUGCUUGUUCGCCUGUGCUCCUACUACAACAUCACGGCCCGCACAACAAAUGACACAGGCGUCUGGGUUUUCAAUCCAAAGAGGAACGAUGAUCAGAAAAUCGCAGCUUUGGGGAUCCAAGUGCGUCGUCACAUCACAAGUCAUGGGUUUGCGCUGAAUUGUAAGACUGAUUUGGGAUGGUUUGAGCAUAUUGUGCCUUGUGGUUUACCUGGAAAAGGCGUCACAUCAGUGUCUGUUGAGACUGGAAGAGGUGAGAGUCAUUGCAAAGGUAUCAAUCAGUUGAUAGUUUCACGCAUCUCAUUGUAA